AUGUCCGACCCUACGAAACGCUAUCCCUCACCCUCAACAACCAUCUCUGGCCCUUAUUCACCCGCUAAGAUGUCCGACCUCCCGUCCGAAGACGAAAUUGUCGCUAAACCAAUCGAUGCCUCUUCUCAAGGCCCUCCGCCUGCCAAAAAGCGCCGAGUCUCCCCACCAAAAGAACGUACAACCGAGUACUUGGAUCUUAUGAAGUCACAUAAUGAUUGGACCGCUGAGGAUGAACGUAACCAGCAAAGGCUCAUCGACACAUUGAGCAAAAAGAAGAAGAUUGUUGUCAUUGCUGGCGCGGGUAUUUCGGUUUCGGCUGGAAUUCCAGACUUUCGGUCGUCCACUGGCUUAUUCGCAAGCGUGAAAACCCAACACAACCUAAAAGGCUCCGGUAAACAGUUGUUCGACGCUUCAGUCUACAAACACGACGACACCACCGAAUCCUUUCACACCAUGGUCAGAGAAAUGGCUGCAAUGACCAAAUCUGCCCAACCUACACCGUUUCACCACUUACUAGCAUCCUUGGCCAAUGAGGGCCGGUUAUUACGCCUCUACUCGCAGAACAUCGAUUGUAUUGACACAUCAAUGGAGCCCUUGAAGACUGAAGUGCCUCUCCCCCCUAAGGCCCCCUGGCCUACCACUGUUCAGCUACAUGGUGGCCUCCAAAAAAUGGUUUGCACCAAAUGCAGCAGUCUCCAGGAUUUUGAUGGCGAGGUUUUCAAUGGUCCAAAGGCUCCCCUAUGCCCAACAUGCAAAGAUCUUGACGAAGUCCGAACAGCUCAUGCGGGAAAACGAAGCCAUGGCAUUGGAAGAUUACGACCGCGAUUUGUGCUUUAUAACGAAUACAACCCCGACGAGGAAGCUAUCGGAAACGUUUCUAGCGCAGAUCUCAAGGCGCGCCCUGAUGCUGUUGUGGUCGUCGGUACCACUCUCAAGGUCCCUGGAACCCGCAGACUCGUUAGGGAAAUGUGCCAAGUCACACGAGGACGAAAAAAUGGUAUGGCUAUUUGGAUCAAUGUGGACGACGAGCCCAAGGGGGUUGACUUGAAGAACUGCUGGGAUAUUGUGGUGCGAUCGAAAUGCGACGAAGUCGCUCGUGUUGCCAACCUUACGCCGUAUGACUUCGACAUAGGCAACAAUUUCGAGCUUACUCAGGAUGAAGAUCUCAAAUUGGAAGACCGUGUUGCUAACAACAAGACGACUUUUGAGAUCAGCAUUCCAGCAAGCUCUCCCUCAGCGGACGAGGACGUUGAAGAGCAGGCCACGGCCAAACCAAAACAAAUUGAACAGGCCCAAGGAAUCCCUACUCCGAAUGCAAGCCCUAAAAUCUCAGCAGCCAAAAAGCCUGCAAAGAAACAGAGCACGCUUUCUUUCAGUGGGCAAUCAUCGGCACCUGCUACGUCAGCCCCCAAGCCACGCAAACGCGGGAGAAAGCCUGCUCAACCCAAACCCGUCGCCCCAGCAGUUGAACUUUUCAAGACGGUCAAAAAUGUUGCAAACCAGGACAAGGCGAAGAAGCCUGCAUCACGCGUCCCCGCAAAGCGAAAAACGCGUGCUUCAGAUGAAAAUUCUACUCUCACACAGUCAAAGGCCAAGAAUGCCUCUACUAGACCUUCAUCUCCCGUUACAACGAAGAAAGUUGACACAAUUUCUCCAAAGUCUGUUCCAUCAGGCAUGCGGCUCCUCAUCGAUUAG